AUGUCUGAAGAGAAGCAACAGCACGACUCCCACCUCGAGGUGGUCGAAACAACUCUCUCAAACGAUUCCGAUCUCAUUGACAAUGGUCAUAGUGCCUCCGAGCUCAAGGGCUACUGGAGCUCCAUGGGACUCAUUGGCUCUGUUGCAGCAAUCGUGCUCAUGGCCAACAGCUUGUUCGUCGGUUAUGCUAUGCCGGUCAAUAUUUUGAGUGUCAUCAAUGCUGACAUCGCAGGACCAUCUCCCAAUAUUUAUCUUGUCACGAUGUGUUUCACCUUAGUCAGCGGUGUUCUUCUUCUCGUUGUUGGACGUAUCAGCGACAUUACUGGACGGCGAUACUUCAUCAUCGGUAGUCAGCUCUUUGCUGUCGUCGGCUCCAUCGUCUGCGCAAAAGCAAGCAACAUCAACACGAUCAUUGGGGGGACAGUCCUUACUGGAGUUGCGGGUGCCGGUCAACAGCUAUACCCACUUCUCGUUCAAGAAUUGGUUCCCAACAAGUAUCGGUUCUGGGCGCAGGCCGCCAUCUCUCUGGGUGCACUUCCCACUCUUGGUUUUGCUCCUGCCAUUGCCCGCUCUCUGGUUCAGCAUAGCUCUCUGGGCUGGAGAAUGUGCUACUGGCUAAACGUUCUCGUUGGCGGCUUGUCGCUGGCUCUUUACGCCCUCUGCUACUUCCCACCGAACUUCCGCAUGAUCCACUCCCGCAUGACCAGAAUGCAAGAAUUCAAAGAACUCGAUUAUGGGGGGCUUGUUCUUUACUCUGGCGGUUUGAUCUUGGUCAUUCUCGGCUUCACUUGGGCAGAAGGCACUUACCCAUGGAAGAGCGCUCAUGUCAUCGCUGCACUUAUUGUCGGAGCUGUGACAUUGGUGGCUUUCGCGCUUUACGAAAUCUACGUCCCUCUCAAGCAACCGUUGAUGCCAAUGAAGCUGUUCAAGAUCCGAAACCUCGUCGCUGUCGUCGUUGUUGGCUGCGUUGGGCAGAUGGUUUACUAUGCACUCAACGUUCUCUGGCCUGUUCAAAUUACUGCUCUCUAUGCCACGGAUAACAUGAAGAUUGGUAUCAUGUCGAGCACCACCGGUGUCGCACUCGCCCUUGGUGAAGUCAUCGCUGGACCACUUUUCACGUUAGUCGGUCAUCCUAAGUGGCAAUUGUUCGCUUCCACCGCUGGGCUUGCAAUCUUUUGCGGUCUUAUGGCCAUCACCAACCAGUCAAAGGAAGCUUUGGCCAUCGCUUCUACAAUCCUUGCUGGUAUCUUCGUCGGCUGGAUCGAAUGCGUCGCGAUCACCAUUGCUGGACUCGUCGUGCCACCCAAUGAUAUCGGUGUCGCCCAAGGAUUCUUUGCCUCUACUCGCGCCGUCACGGGAACUAUUGCCAUCAGCAUUUACAUCGCCAUUUUCACCAAUCAACUCACCACCAAUCUGCCCAAGGACAUCGUCCCGGCCGUCGAACAGGCCGGUCUGCCAGCCAGCAGUCUUCCAGAGCUUUUCGCUGCCAUGACCAACGGUACCACGGCUGCAUUGCAGAGCGUCCCUGGAAUGAACAACAACAUCCUUGCUGCUUUCGGCGAGGCGACCAAGCAUGCCCACUCGUCCUCAUUCAAAGUCGUCUAUCUCAGCAGUCUUGCAUUCGGAGGUGUUGCCAUCAUUGCAUCUCUCUUCGUCCAAGAUGUCAGCAAGUUCAUGACCGACUUUGUGAACAAGACCAUCCACAAGCCACACUUCGGCAACUCUGAGAAGGGGACAGAUCAGGCAGUGUGA